GGGAAAGAGGGCGGGCGGGGGAGGGGAGGGGUGUUUUCAAACCCGGCAGCCACAGCGGCCAGGGCUGAGCCCGAACCCCUGCGCACCGGCGGGCGGCGGCCGCUCCCCGCUCGGAUCUGCCGCCACACAGAGAGGAAGGGGUAAGCGGCGGGAGGAGGAGGACGCGUCCCGCCGCCGGCUCCCUGGAGAAGACACACAAUGAACCCACUGAUACAAGAUACAGUUAGCUGAACAGCUGUAAAAUGCCCAAAUUUGGGUCUUCAAAAACAGUUCAAGUUGAAAAUUCUGACAGUGACAGCACCAUGGUGGAAAAAACAACUGCAAAAAAGAGCAAGGACAAGAUUGCAUCCUACAGCAAAACUCCAAAAGUGGAUAGGAGUGAUGUGAGGAAGGAGAUGAAAGAAAAGUCUUCCAUGAAACGUAAACUUCCUUUUACUGUUAGUCCAUCCAGAAAUGAAGAUCGCAAUUCAGACACAGAGAAGGAAGGUUCGGAGAAAAAGAAAAUGAAGAAGGAUGCUGGAAAUAAGAAAACACCACCAGUUAGCAUUCUUUUUGGUUAUCCUCUGUCAGAGCGCAAGCAGAUGGCACUUCUCAUGCAGAUGACGGCAAGAGACAACAGUCCAGAUUCCACUUUAAAUCAUCCCUUACAAACAACACCAACACAAAAGAAAACUCCAACCUCUUCGUCAAGACAAAAAGACAAAGUUAACAAGCGAAAUGAACGAGGGGAAACUCCUCUACAUAUGGCAGCAAUUCGAGGGGAUGUUAAACAGGUUAAGGAACUAAUCAGUUUAGGUGCAAAUGUGAAUGUAAAAGACUUUGCAGGUUGGACACCACUGCAUGAAGCUUGUAAUGUUGGUUACUAUGAUGUUGCCAAAGUCCUGAUAGCAGCGGGAGCUGAUGUGAACACACAGGGCUUGGAUGAUGAUACACCACUUCAUGAUUCUGCUAGUAGUGGGCAUAGAAAUAUUGUGAAGCUGUUGCUUCGACAUGGUGGAAAUCCAUUUCAAGCCAAUAAGCAUGGGGAGAGACCUGUUGAUGUUGCUGAAACUGAAGAGUUGGAAAUGCUAUUGAAAAGGGAAGUGCCCCUCUCUGAUGAUGAGGAGAGUUGCUCAGAUUCUGAAGCUCCAUCUGUAAAUCCUUCCAGUGUAGAGGGCAAUGUUGAUUCAGAAACGGAAAAGGAUUCUGUAGCCAAUAACAGCAAACAAAUGGCCUCUAGUAAGGCACCACUUCCGUCUGCUCUUGAUGAGUAUGAAUUUAAAGAUGAUGAUGAAGAGGAAAUGAAAAAAAUGAUCGAUGACAAGCGCAUUCUUAGAAAAGACUUAAGGAAAGAGGACGAGACUGAAGUUGAAAAGAACAGCUUGUUUGUGAAACAAGAAAAAGUUGUCUUUUCAAAAUCAUUUAAAAGCAAAAAGCAGAAGCCAUCUAGAGUUCUGUAUUCGAGUUCUGAAAGUUCAGAUGAAGAAAUACCUCAAGACAAGAAGAUAGUCUCUAUUUCGGAGACAUCGAAUUCUGAUGUAAGAGUGAAGAAAGAAUAUAUGGUUACAAAUGAACACAAGCAGAAAGGCAAAGUUAAAAGGAAAGUAAAAAAUCAGAGCAAAAAUAAAGAGAAUCAAGAACUAAAGCGAGAAAAAGAAAAUGCCAGAGUAACAAAUAUAGCUACUUCUGGGUUAGAUUCUUUAGAUAAAACUAGAGAGGAAGAAACCUUUAAGAAGUCUUUCACCCCAAAAGAAGACUCUUCUUUACAUCUGUUUCAUAUCACUGCUGGGAAAUCUCCAAAGCAUCCCUGUGGAUUAAGUGAAAAGCAGUCAACACCAUUAAAGCAAGAAAACACCAAAUCUUGCUUAUCACCAGGAAGUUCUGAAAUAACAUUGCAAUCUGAAUUAGUUCGGUAUGAUCACAACCCUGAUUCUGAAUACCUAGUAGAAAGUUCUAGUGGCAAAUCUUGCAAGCACAAAGAAAAAAGCAAGCAUCAUCAGAAAGAUUUUCACUUAGAAUUUGGUGAAAAAUCUAGUCCUAAAAUUAAAGAGGAAGAUAAUAGCUCAGCAUUUGAGAAUUCAGAGUAUACCCUGAGAAAGAUUGACAAGGAAGGUAAAACACUUAAAAAGCAUAAAUUAAGGCACAAAGAAAGAGAAAAGGAUAAGCAUAAAAAGGAACAGGAUGGGGAGAAGGAAAAACAUAAGCAUAAAGAGGUUCAAAGAAGUAUUGAGUUUGACAGAGAAUUUUGGAAAGAGAACUUUUUCAAAAGUGAUGAAAAUGAAGAUAUGUUGUUAAAUAUAGAGCAUGAAUCUCUUUCUUCAGACAGAAAAUCAAAGCUAGAAAAAGCUGUGGCAAAAGAAGAUAAGUUAGUUAAGGAGAGACAGUUCCAGAAAGAGAGAAAUGCUAAAGAGGACAGAGAGAGAGAGAGGAACAAAGAGAGGGAGAGGAACAAGAAGGAAAGUGAGAAGUUUCUCAAGGAUGAAAAAUUAAAAGAUGCAAAAGAAGAAAUUAUGCUUGCAGAUAAAGAAUUUGAGUUGUUCGGCUUUGGUGCUAAAGAUGAGGCAGUCAGCAUUCAUUUAAUAGAAACAGAUACUGAAAAGCAGGAAAAGAAUUUUAAGGAAAAUAAGGAAAAGACUGAAAAGCAAACCUCAGCCAAAGAAAAAGAUACUGAAAAGACAGAAAGAAAAAAUGGAGAAAAAGAGAAAAAGGUAAAGCAUGAAUACAAGGUGGAGAAAGAAAAAGCAGAAGUUAAUGAAAAUAUAGAGAAAGUGAAGGAGAAGCCAAAUUUCCAGCAAGCAGAAAGAUGCCAUAAGGAAAAUGAUAAACUAAAAAGCACUGGUACUCUUAAAAAACUUGAUGACAAAGAAAGAAAUAAAGAAAAAACUGAUAAGAAGCAUGAUAAAGAAAAGGCUGAUAAAGACAGACAUUGGGCUGAAAGCAAAGAAAAACACUGUACUGAAAGAAAAGUCAAACAGUGUGAAAAAGAAUCUGAAUAUACUAAACUAGAAAAAAUUAGAACUAAAGACAAAGAAAAGGAACUUGAAAAAAAAGACAAAUCCAAAGACAGGGAGAUCUCAACAGCGGCAAACUCAAAACACAUGCAAGAGGAAAGGAGAUGUGGUACUACAGAAAGUAAUAAAACAGUGCAUGACAAACUGUCAUCAUUGAAAGAAAAAACAAAAGAUGAUUUGUUGAAAACUCCAGAUGGUAGAGAGAAAGACAAAAAAGAUACAGACCGAUUCAAAGAGAGAGACAAGCAUAAAGAUAAACUGCAUCAAAGUAGUUUACUUAGACUAAAACUUGAACAUGAAAAACUUAAGCCUAAAGCAGCUCCUGUACCAAAAGAUGUUCGACCUAAAGAAAAAAGAUUAGUCAAUGAUGAUUUAAUGCAAACUAGUUUUGAAAGAAUGCUUAGCCUUAAAGAUCUGGAAAUAGAGCAGUGGCAUAGAAAACAUAAAGAAAAAAUAAAACAGAAAGAGAAGGAACGUUUAAAAAACCGUCCUUGUUUAGAACUUAGCAAGAUGAAAGAAAAACCAAAACACUCAUUACCUGAAGUAAAAAGCAAAGAACUGAUUCGUUCAAAAAGCUCAGAGUUGCCAGAUGUUUGCAUGAAGGACAAACAGCAGAAAGAUGCCACAAGUAGUAGAUUGCAAUCCGUAGACACGAGAAGUGUCAAUGUUAUAAAGCCUUCAUUGGUUUUAGAUAAUUUAAAUAGAUCCCCCAAAUCAGAAAGUGAAAAGACAGGUCUGAGCUCCAGAUCAGUGUCCAUGGUUUCAGUUGCAAGCUCUGAGGAUUCUUGCUACACCACAGUAACUACUCCAAGGCCUGUAAUUGAGUAUGAUUCAGACUUCAUGCUAGAAGGUUCUGAUUCCCAGAUGUCUUUUUCACAAUCACUGUUUCUGGCAAGUGCCAAAUCACCAGCCCUUCUUGAAAAAGAGACUGAUGGUCUUGCUGAGUUGCCAGAUCGCAGUAAGCUACCUUCCACAAACAGGCUUCCACCGAUGUAUGUCAGAUCAGCACCUGCUGAAGAUGUUAAACUGGUUUUAAAUGAGUGUAGACCUGUAGUAGAGGUUCGAAGAUGCAGUAUGCCUGCUGCUGUUUCUGAACACAGCAAGCAGCCUCGAAUACCAGAAGAAAAUAAUCAGAACUGUCUGGCAUCCAUUCAGACGUAUGCUAGCACUUCUCCUAAUCCAGAACUACCAUGUAGCAUGCUUGAAAGGGAUUUUCAAAGUAGUACGUCUAAUUUGCAGUCAAACUUUACAUCAGCUCCAACUGGAGCUUUUGGCAGCAAGCAGACAACAACAGGUACAAGUACCAUUAAAAGUACUGCUCAGAUAAGCCCUUCAGAAGACUAUAAUAUGCAUUUAGAGCCAUGUGGUCAAAGUGGUGUGACUAGGCAAACCAAACCAUGGGAUGUGCCUUUUGACAGACUUAAUUCAAUAAACAAUGAGUUUACCAACUCAGGUUAUAGUGUAUCAGAGCAAGAUACUAACAGCGUUAUAGCAGUGCAUAAUUCUGAAAACAGGACGUUAAAAGAGCAAAAAGUACCUGAAUUUUUGCCUCAGCAUGCUGAAAUUAAGGGAAGUUUCAGUUCUCAAGAAUCUGUAUUUUUGCCUUCACAGUCACCUUGUUCUUUACCUACCCAGCCACUCCCAGAUGUGUCUAAAUGCAUUUCUUUACCAGGCAUUAGCAGUCAAGAUUCAUCAGUUGUACAACAACAAAAUCUACUUCAGGCUGCAACUUCUACUUUGGAUACAGAUGCUACUAGUACCAGGGAGCUGGAAAAUGCUUUCUUCCCUUCAAACAUUAAGAAGGUUGAUGCACCCAUUGCUGUAUAUCCUGAGAGCUCUGCAAAGGAUAUUUCACAGAGCUGUCCAGGAGUGAAUGAUCUACCUACGGUGCUGUUAGAAAAAGAUACUCCUGAAAGUGAUACCAGUUCACAAUUAAAUACAAGUUUGUAUGCCUUCAGUAAAGUUGUUUGUAAGAACGCUCAGAGUGAAGUGGAUAGUAACACAAAAGAUACUUCAGAUACCAGAAAUGAAAAAGGCCAACAAGAAAAGUUGGUUUCAGUGCAUGUUGUUGAUAAUAAAGCCAAUGUUGAUCUCUGUGAACUAAGUUCAGGAACGUCAAAGGGAAUUACAAACGAAGCGGCUAAUAAAAAACCCCGCACUACAGACAGUGUGUUGACAGAUGAUCCACCACAGUAUUCCUCUUUAUCCAAUUUGGCAAAUAAUUCACAACAGAUGACACAGGAAGAGUUGCAUAAAUACAGCCAAAUAGUUAAACUAGAAGAAGAAAUUGCUGAAGAUCAGAAGGUGGAACAGCAAGAAGUACCUCAAAGAAUCACAAGGAACAGAGCAAAUUUGCUUGCUAACCAGGGUAAGCAGAAUCCUCUUGGCUGCACGCAGACAUCAGAAAAAGAGUCUGAAUCAUCAGCAUCUAUGAAAGCAAGGAUUAGAUUAACUGAAGAGGAUGAUGCUCAGGUCCAUCAUCCACGUAAAAGAAAAGUAUUGCGUGUGCCUCAGCCUGCGCAAGUGAACCCUUCUUUACUGCAGGCUAAGGAGAAAACCCAGCAGUCACUGGCAGCUAUUGCUGAUUCUUUGAAACUUGAAGAGAUUCAGCCAUACAGUUCUGAGAGAGCAAACCCGUAUUUUGAAUACUUGCAUAUAAGAAAAAAAAUAGAAGAGAAGCGUAAAUUACUGUGCAGUGUUAUUCCUCAGGCACCUCAAUAUUAUGAUGAAUACUUGACCUUCAAUGGCUCAUACCUACUGGAUGGCAAUCCCUUGAGCAAGAUAUGCAUCCCAACUCAGCUGCUAGUCAAGUACAUACUUUUUCCAAGUUACAACUUACUGCUUUGGCAUCACACUUCAGUGCUUAAUCUGGGAUAAGCAGAAAGUAGAGAAGUAUGGCAUGUAUUUUUCCCUGGCCCAUCUUCUACCUGGGCAAUAGAAUUCAUUUCCCUGUCAUAAAUGGCAAUAUGUGUAGGCACUAUAAGAAAGGGAGAGUUAUUGACUUGAUAUUAAAGCAGUGCUUCAUACUUCCUUCCAGUCUCUCUUGCUGUGUACAAUAGAGACUCUCCAGUUCAUGAAAAUAAUUUAGGUAAUGGGGUAGUGCAAACUCUUGGGUAACUUAGGUUCAGAAAACAUCAGAGAUGAGUGGGUGCUCCCCAUUCUUAAUGGCUUUUACUCAACUUCUUGUAAAGAAAACCUCAAAAAAAGAUUACAAAAAUGUGAAUAUGUACUUGAAAGAUUACGGUUACUGAUUUUUAUCUCAUUUAGAUUUCUGGGUUGCUUCCCAGAAGCACACAUGUUGUGGUGCUAAUUGCCUCUAUGCAAAUGCAUGUACUGCCUCUAUGCAAACACACUCAGCAUGGGGAAUAAAUAAGAGGAGUUAGAGACGUGCGCACAGCGGCAGGGCUGUGAUCCUAUUGGCAUCACAGGGGCGUGCUGGGAUGGCUCCUAUGAUUGGAGUGUUGGAAUGGAAGGAUACAGGCUCUUCAGGAAGGACAGGCAGGGGAGAUGAGGAGGGGGUGUUGCCCUCUUUUUCAGAGAUUUUUGGAUGAGGACUAAACGGGGGGCAGGGACAGGUGACAUUAUAGUGGGGGUCUGUUAUAGGAACACUGAGCAGAUGAGGCCUUGUAUAGACAGAUAUGAGCAGCCUCACAUUCGUAAGUCCUGAUCCUCGUAGAUCACUGGGGAACCACCCCAGUAUCUGUUGGAGGGACAAACACAGCAGAGCAUAGGCAAUCCAGGAGGUUGAUGGUAACUUCCUUCUGCAAGUGAUAGAGGAGCCAAGAACAAGAGGGACCACGCUGGACCUUGUUCUCAUAAACAGGAAAGGGCUGGUGGGGAAUGUGAAGCUUGAAGGCAGCCUUGGCUGCAGUGACCAUGAAAUGGUGGAGUUCAAGAUCCUUAGAGCAGCAAGGAGGGCUCCUGGACUUCAGGAGAGCAGAUUUUGGGGAAACAUAACCCCCAUUUUUAGAAAAGGAAUAAAGGAAGACCUGGGAAACUAAAGGCCAGUCGAUCUCACCUCAGUGCCCAGCAAGAUCAUGGAGUAGAUCCUCCUGGAAACUAUGCUAAGGCACAUGGAAAACAAAGAGGUGAUUGGUGGCAGCUUCACUAAGGGCAAAUCGUGCCUGACAAAUUUGUUAGCAUUCUCCGAUGGGGUCGAUAAGCGAAGAGCAACUGAUGCCAUCUACCUGGACUUGUGCAGAGCAUUUGACACUGUCCUGCACGACAUCCUUCCCUCUAAACUGGAGAAGCAUAGACUUGACAGAUGGACCACUCGAUGGAUAAGGAAUUGGCUGGAUAGUCAUACUUAAAAAGUUGCAGUCAGCGGCUCAAUGUCCAAGUGAAGACCAGUGACAAGUGGCAUUCCUCAUGGGUUGGUAUUGGGGCUGGUACUGUUGAACAUCUUUGUCAUCAGCAUGGUCAGUGGGAUUGAGUGCACCCUCAGCAAGUUUGCCAACAACACCAAGGUGUGUGGUGUGGUUGACAUGCUGGAGGGAAGGAAUGCCAUCCAGAGGGACCUUGACAGCUUGAGAGGGACUUUUUACAUGGAUAUGUAGUGAUAGGACAAGGGGUAAUGGUUUUAAACUGAAAGAGGGGAGAUUUAGAUUAGAUUAGAUAUAAGGAAGAAAUUACUCACUGUCAGGGUGGCGAGACACUGGAAUGGGUUGCCCAGAGAAGCUGUGGCUGCCCCAUCCCUGGCAGUGUUCAAGGCCAGGUUGAACGGAGUUGUGGGUGACAUGGUUUAAUGUGUGGUGUCCCUGCCCAUGGCAGUGGGGUUGGAACUAGAUUGAUCUUUAAGGUCUUUUCCAACAAAAACCAUUCUGUGAUUCUAUUUAAAAUGUUACUUGUUUUGUAUGUGCUUUCAUGGUAUUGUUAGUCUUCUAUAGUUGUAGAAGGAACAGAUGGCACUUUUUGUUUCAGGCAAAAGGGAGGGAAAAAAAUUUCUGAGAAGCCAAAAUAAAUGAUUAGGAAAUGGGUGUUUAUUUCCAUUAGGAGUAAAGUGUGAGAAAGCAGCAUGAGUUUUAAUCUAGAGGGAGGUAUUUUAAGCAUUUUAGUUUUGCUUGUCUGGAAAAUCAUCUAAGUUCAGCUAAAUGCUUUAUGUAAUUAUUGUCACUUGGGUAAAUGCACAAUUUUGAUAUAAUUCAUCAUGUUUCUUUCCAGAAAAAAAAAAAAAAAAAGAUAGAAUUUUAAGAGUUAUUAGUAGUUCAGAUUUAAUGUCUCUGCAGAGCUUUCUUGUGUAUAGAAUUUAAUAAUUUUAGUUUGCCACCAUUGACCUUUAAUGGUUCUGUAAUGAUGCUCUGUUAACCUGAGUUUUGCCUCAUUAAUUUACAUAGGCUAUGGGAAGGUAGAUACUCUUUCUUAAAUAAUUCCUGUAUUUUAGAUAUCACUGUGUGAAGGUCUAGGUGAAGACAAUAUAUUUAGCUCUGACACUCUGAGACUCAGAAUAGUUUGUGUAACAAACUGUUCUCUGCACUGGAAUUUUAAUGAUGCACUGUAGUUUAUCUGAUGAACUUCAGACAUCCUGUAGGUGGGAACUAGGAGAUGGUGCACUUAAGUUUGAUUUCCACAGCCUUGUUUACAUACUGUGAUUUAUAACCCAUAUCACCUCAGGCCGUAAGGAUAGUCACGUAUGAAUUGCAGCUUCCCUCUCACCAAUGCAAAUAGAAGACGUAAGAUACUGGACACCAGCUCAGUUCAAAACAGAAGGCAACAAAUCUCAGUCUUCUAAGAGAGUAAAUUUAAAUUGUACUUCGCUAUGUUGCCUUUCAUAUUGCUACAUCAGUAUGUUCUGCAGGGUUCAGUCAUCUUUAUCUGAGCUGCCUCCUGAGAAGAGAUACCAGGAUGAUUCAUUUCCAGCUUCCGAUGGCUAUGUAGCAGAUAUGUUUCUAGUAAAAGGGACUCUGUCCAGUCUCUCAGGCAGAGCUGUAGAAACUUAAGUGGUGAAAGCUUAUUUUAGUGGUGUUACCAGAAAUUUGCUUCCUAAAUGCAUGAAAUAUUAUAGCAGUAGAGCAGGCUUGUCGAUUUGGGUGGCAUGGGUGAGGGGAGAUGGAGAGGGAUGUGUGAAAAUAAUUGUGGAAAAAUUGUGUACAUAUGAAUCUGAAUUAGCUUCAGUGUUGCUUUUUUUUAUAACGGGUAGAAAUGAGAAUUGAAUGUUUAUAGAGUAAAGAGUUGCUGGUUUUGUCGUAGUUGUUAUGAACGAUGCAAGGCAUGCAGGAAGCUUUCUUAAUUGAUUUUCAUGUGUUGGAGAUGGUGAAGGCAUGUCUUGAACCUCAGCUAUGUUCUAUUCUAGUGAAGAGGAGCAGAGAGGUGAGAGGCUGAGUUCUGUCUAGCUUUUAUGGGUAGGGUUAGAGCACGCUUGAGAAGGCAGGGCCCCUUUGUGUCCCUCUUGUCUGUAUGGAGUUUGAGCCUUUAAGAAACUAUUUGUGAUAAUUGGUUUUGGUUAUACAGAAAACCUGAGGUCACCUUUUCCUUGUGGCAUUCAGUUUCAUGCUCUGUUCUUUCAAGUCCAACAUACAUGUUUGUAUUUUCCCUACACGUUUUUUGUGGUCUCCUUAAUAACUGUCUCUUUGACUAGAAGAUCCAGGAGGCUCCUCCGGUUGUUCUUGCCUUGAAACCUUUAACUUCAGGUUCAUUGGAGGCCAGAAAGUUUGCUUCCCUUGUCCAAGUACGGUUCCUCCAGCCGGCAGGGGGAGCUUUAUUUCUGGAUAACUUGGACACAUAAACUCGAAUCCUAUUUAUAGACAGAUUGUUUAUCUUGCUGCUUAUGCUGUGAGCUUUCAGCAAAAGCACUAGCAUUUUUGAAAGAUCUUCGGGGUUUAGUAAAAUUAAUUAGAUAAAAGCUUGGUGUUACUACGAGCAUCUUGUCUUAUUUUAUUGAAAGACUAUGACAGCACUGUUGCACUGUGCUAUGAAUCCAAAGUUUCCAGGCGAAACUAGACUGCAGUAUUUCUCAAGCUAAACUUAAACACAUUGCUAUCUGUUAUGAUUAAGACUGAUUCUUCCAGUAGAUGUUUGUGAUUUGGGUUUUUUUUGUUGUUGUGUUUGUUUUUAAUACUGAUGACUUAUACCAAAUGGCACGUGCCAUAAGCAUUACUCACUGGUUUGGAAGCCAAACUGUUUUUGUCAGGAGAACUGAAGUGUAUCUUGUUCAGUAGUUUGAAAAGUGAAGGAGUUCAAUGUCAUUUUAUACCAAAUAGUAACUUAAGGAAUGAACCACAAUUAGUUAUUCAAUAUGUUCUUUAACUUCAAAGACAUUGGCUAACUUCCAGUGGGGGAAAAGCUUGUCCUGAAAUAAUUUUCCAAGAUAACAAUAAUUGAGUAACUUUCAGUAGAUAAAUCACUUCGUUAUUGGAGUGCGUGGGGCAAGAUUGAUACUGAUAAUGCAGUAUGUCCAUAUUUUCAUAAUGGAUUUAGUAUUAGAUAGUUGCAGGGUACAUAUUAUUGACUAGAAUGAUUUAUGUCUGUGUGUUUGUAUGAGGUACAAGGUAGAGUGUAACACCUGUAGGUAUGUAUUUCAGCUGUGGUUUCUGAGUAUCAGUGGUAGUAAGUAAUGUUUCAUUUAGUUUUCAUCAGUCUUUCCAAAGCGAUACCAAUGUUCUUACGUCUAGCAGUUGUUAAAAACCAUGCUGAACUGUUGGGCAGAACUUGCAUAGAGAAGAGUAAACUUUGCAUGGAGCCUUAAAAUUCCCAAGAUGUUUAUUAGUUACUUCUCAAGAAACUUCUGGUUUCUGCAGUUGCCAUGAGGGCUCCAGGUGCCUUUACAGUUUUUGUCAUGCAGCUCAGUCUGGACCAUACAGUAAUUACAGUAUGGUAUUACUCCAUACAGUAAUACUUUAAUUGACUAGGCAUGCAAAAUGUUUGGCAUAUAGCCAAUCAGUAAUAGCAUUGAUAGCUCACUCACUAUUUGAUUUUUCUUUUUUAUCAUUUUUUUUUAGGCAUAAGCUUUAAAAAAAACCUUAUUUGAAUAACUGACAGGAGGAAACACUUUCCCAAGCCACUGCCUGAGCUGUAGUGUGCUUUUUGUGCUUGCCAGUGUUCAGCAUCAUUGUAAGAUUAGGAAGAUGGUUGUUAUCUUUUAUGCAUAUAUAUGCUCUUGUAUUUGGUUAGGCAGCUUUUAACUUUUCAAAAUGAACAGUUGCGCCUUAAAGAGUCAGUAAAAAUACAGCUUGCUUUCAAUUUUAAAAUGUUCUAAUGUAUAGCCCUUUUAAAGAACAGCUAUGGCAUGCUGACAAUGACUGGUUAAAAGCAGUAAACAGUUUGAAAUGCCAUUUCAGUCAGCUUUAUUAACUUUAUGGCAAAGAAUCUUUUAAACCUUUUAUUGCAAAUGGACUGAAACCAUAUAAUUAAUGGAAUGUACAAAACUCUCAUUUUCCCUAAAAAAUAACUUGCUUAUUGCUGUUUUGUUUUGCUUUUU